AUGCUCAACAGUUAUGCUGAGAUAAAUCAACAGAGCUUAUGGAACAACGACAAUGGCAAAGUAGUAUCUCCUGGUAUCUCUUUCGACUCCUUUGAGUAUGGAUUAUCCAAGUGUCAGUUCAAUAUAGAAAGAAAUCGUGUAAGUACAAAUACGACUCGUCCUCGACAUAGGAAUCCGCGUGCAGCACCAGAAGCCGAACGCGUCCUGAUUCGAAAUGGCCAUAUCUGGCUAAAGGAUCAUUACUUGGAAGGAGGCGAUAUCUAUUUGGAAAACGGGUUGAUUGCAGCUGUUGGGAAAAAUUUACAAGUGCCUUCAGAUACUCGCAUCGUGAACGCCGGUGGUCGUGUUGUUACACCAGGUAUCAUUGAUAUGCAUUCCCAUAUGACCGUUGAUGCCUUGGAUGGAUUAUCCGCGUCCGAUGAUACAAAUGAAAUGACUGACCCUACCACACCUUAUGUUCGUGUUAUUGAUGCACUUAAUCCAACUGACCCUGGUAUCAAGAUUGUGGCCAGCGGAGGCAUCACGACUUCAUUGAUUCUCCCUGGCUCUGGAAACUUGAUGGGAGGCGAGGCAGCCGUCAUCAAGCUUAGACCUGUCUCUACCCUCUCUGCACAAGAUAUGCUCGUAACCUCCGGCGUCUCGGAUGAGGAUCAGGAGGUCAUCUGGCGUUACAUGAAAAUGGCUUGUGGUGAAAACCCAAAGUCGUUCUAUGGUAGCUCUAACCGAAUGCCAUCAACUCGUUUGGGCGAAAACUACUUGUUUCGUAGAAGGUUUGAGGAAGCACAAAAAUUGAAAAGAAAACAAGAUGACUGGUGUGAUGCUGCGGAGAGAAUCAAGAAGAUGAAGGACGAUGACGAUAAACAGGAUCUGAUUCGUCUCUCUGAAGGUUAUCCAGAAGAUUUGAGUCUGGAUAGCCUUGUUGCUCUUUUGCGUCAUCAGAUCAACCUGAAUGUCCACUGUUAUUUGCCUCAAGAUUUUGAAGCCAUGGUUCACCAUUCGCUUGAAUUCGACUUUGAAAUUGCCGCUUUCCAUCACGCAUUAAGUGCUUGGCAAGUACCUGAUAUUAUAAAACGUGCCAAGACAAACAUCACAGUGGCUACUUUUGGUGAUAUGUGGGGAUAUAAGGCUGAAGCUUUAAAUCAAAAUGUUCAUGCACCAAAGAUCUUGGACAAGGCAGGUAUUCCUGUCGCCUUCAAGAGCGAUCACCCUGUCAUGAAUUCUCGUGAUUUGGUACAUGAAGCACAAAAAGCAUACCACUACGGCUUCAAUGAGCAUAAAGCAUUACAGGCACUUACCACUGUUCCUGCAAAUUCCUUAAAGUUGGGACACCGUCUGGGCAGUAUUGAAGUAGGCAAGGAUGCGGAUAUUGUCAUAUGGGAACGUCAUCCAUUAAGGCUUGGAGCCAGACCAAGACAUGUCUUUGUGGAUGGUGCUGAGUUAGAUUUCAAAAAAUCAUGGACGAACACUCUAAUUGAAGAAGACAUGCAAAAGCACUUUGAUGUAAAGAAUACAAGUGAUGACGAGGAUGAAGCAAGCAAGCACUUACUUCCUGGCUUUUCUGAUAGCACAAUGCGUUUGGAAGAUCAUGGCCUCAAUAACCCUACUUCAUUCCAUGAUGCUUGCUCAAAGGACGUGAAUUCUUUUGUUUUACGCAAUAUUAGCCGAAUUUAUACAAACGCUAGUCAGAUUCUGGACGCAGAAGGCUCUGGGCUGUACUUAAUCGUUGAUCGUGGAGUUAUCACCUGUUUAGGUAAAAACUGUGAUCGUGAUCAUAUUGAAUGGCCAAGCAACAGCCCUGUAUUUGAAAUGGGGGGUGCGGUAGUUAUUCCGGGUAUUGUUUCUGUCGGUGUACCUCUUGGAUUACUCGAAAUUCAGAUGGAGUCAUCAACACAGGAUGGAGAAGCAAAGAAUGACAUCAGAGAUGGCGAUUUGUACAAGAAGGUCGUGCGUGCUGUUGAUGGCCUCAAGUUUAAUGGAUUGCAUCUUCAAAAGGCGUACAAAGCUGGUGUUACAACUGCAAUCUCUCAACCGCUGGUAGGGUCUGGCAUGUUAGCAGGCGUAUCAACAGCUUUCUAUACUGGCGUAGAAAACACUGUGUUGGACCAUCUUGAAGCUCUGGUAAAAGAAGAAGCCGCUUUAAGCUUUGUCAUUCAACACACUGGACCAUUGACCGUAUCUCAACAAAUUGCUGCUAUACGUGAUCUGCUAAUUUCAAAUAUAAAAAAGGAUGCUUUCAAGAAUGUAUUUGCCCGUGCAGCUCAAGGAGAAAUCCCUGUUGUAGUUCAAACAGACGAUAAGGACGAAAUAGCAUCCAUCUUACUGAUCAAACAGCAAAUUGCCAAGGACUAUGAACGCGAGGUCAAUUUUGUUAUCCUAGGUGGUGCAGAGUCCCAUCUGGUCGCAAGUCACUUGAGCCGGCUUGAUGUUCCUGUUAUCUUGAUGCCUGCUCGAUGCUACCCAACGACAUGGCAAUCUCGCUUUUGUCUAUCUGGUCCACCAUUGACGCCUGGUACUGUUCUUGAUGUUUUAUUGAAGCAUAAAGUACGUGUUGCAUUAGGUUCUACCGAUGUAGAUAACGGAGAUGCUCGUAACUUGAUCUGGGAAGCUGGUUGGAAUCUUGCUCAUAAUCCGGAAUAUACACCUCAGGAUGCAGUAGGUCUUAUAACAUGGAAUGUUGCAACCAUGUUUGGAUUGAAGGAAGAAGGAGUUCUCAGUGUAGGAGGAAAGGCAAACUUUGUUGCUUAUAAUAAUAAUCCAUUUGAAUUUGGUACUCGUGUGCUUAUGGUGAAUGGUGGAGGCCGAUCAGGCCCUACUUGUUUUCCUAAACAAACUUGA